CUGAUUUUCACUUUAUCAUCAAGCUCUCACCGAACAAGACCUGACUCCUUCUGCACGUGUUAAAAUACUAAGGAAACGCCUAAAGGGAAGACUCAGUCGGACACACUCUCUAAAAUGGCUACCCCGAAUGAAGCCGACAUUGCCGGAGAGGAAAAGGGCCUCGAGGGCCAAUCUGUUUCGAAGGAAGAUCCACCGCCUGCGGCAGUGGUACCCAAAGUGCCCAAAGCGCCCAAUGAUCCCAAUGAUCCCGAAUCUCUAACCCUGGAGGAGAGGAGGGACUCUGUGGCACAGAUGGUGGAGGACAUCAACGUACAGUUGAAAAAAUUGUUGAAAAAAACGAUCAUGAUGCUGGAGAUACCAGAACCUCUCCUGAAGAAGAAGAAACUCGGGGUAGUGUCCACCAUGAUCCCCUCCCGUAGGGCACCCAAGUUGAAGCGCAGAGAUGUGAGGAGAGUGAUCAUGGGCCUCGCGGCGCAUCGUGCACACCUGCACUCCGAAUCUAUUAUCAACCACCACGAAUAAGAAAGCUACUUUGUAAAUUGAACUGCUGAAUAUAGGAUUGACUACUCCCUUUGCACCUGUAUAAAUAAAACAUGCAAACACUCGCCUUGUUCUAUAGAACAAGGUUCAUCACUA